GAGAGCGCGCAGCAGCUCCUUCCCCGAAGGGCAGGCGAUCAGUUAGUUAUACCCUGCCGAGCUGAAGCCGCGCGCCCGAAAGCGCAGCGUGCAGCUAUCUACCUGGCCCAUCGAGACGGGAAGAAACAGAGAAAAAAACAAGACGAGGGUCUUCGCCCUGCAGCAGGCGUCAUGCCCGGAUUGGAGGUGAUCUACGUUACCCGCCAUGGGUUUCGGUCCAACUGGCUCGUCGAUCCAUCCGACGGCAACUACACGACCUUCAUCAAGUCUCCGACGGGCGGAGCAGCUGAUCCGGCCUUGACGGCGCAUGGCGUCGACCAGGCUAACGAGCUUGCCGAGAGGCUGCUGACGGCGGACCCGCCCAUCGAGCGGGUGUACUCCAGCCUGUACUAUCGUUGUCUGCAGACCCUCGAGCCCUUCGUGCGCAGGGCCCAGGAUGCGGCGGCGGCGGCGGCGGCGUCGGCCACGGGGAGAGGGGAGCGGUCGCUCAAGAUCCGGGGAGAGACGGGGCUGGGCGAGUGGUACGGCACGGCGGACUUCGAGCACCCUGUUCCUGCCAGUCUCGCGACCCUAGGACCGCUGUUCCCGGAUCUGCUCGACUCGGACUACGUGCCGGCAGUGACGCCGAACCGCAUGGGCGAGAGCAUCGAGGAAUUGCAUGAUCGCGUGGCAGCGACCAUGGAAACGGUGAUCGCCGAGUGCGACAGAGACGGCGUGCGCGCCAUCUUGCUGUGCUCGCACGCGGCCGUCAUCAUCGCCCUGGGGCGUGUCUUGACGGGGCAUAUGCCCGACGAUGUCGAGGUCGAGGACUUCAAGUGCUUCACCUGCGGGCUGAGCAAGUUUCGCCGCCGGCAGGGCGCCGGAACUGAAUCAGAGGGGAAGAAUGGGAUUGUGAGCCAAGCCACGGACGCACGCGAUGCUGAUCAUCUCGACAAGGAUCGCCCCGCUCCCGGUUGGAGGGGUGGGCGGGGGGUGUCAAGGGGGUGGGACUGCGAACUGAACAGCGAUUGUAGCCAUCUGUCCCACGGUGAGGAGCGAGGCUGGAGGUUCUCUGGGGACGAGUCAUUCAGGGACAUGGCGACAGGCGAGAGCAUCCUCAGUUCCGGGACGCGAUUGGAGGCUGCUUUGGAUGGCAGGGAUAACCAUUCUGCUCGUAGAGCGGAAAAUUCCCGGGGAAAGCUUUAGCUUUGCCGGAGGCACCGUGUGGCGUUGACCGAGUACCCUCG